ACACGACAGACCACAACGAUAACAAACAGGAGAGUGAGAGCACACAGACAUGUUCUUAGAUAUGAGAUUCAAGGGGUGCGUCCUCGUAGCUCCAAGCCGAACCGACUAACAUCAUCAUCAUGAGUUUCCUAAGAUGGAUUCUUCUCCCAUGCAUUAAGUAACAGUAACAGUAACAGGAGCUUGCUUCAGUAGCAAUUUGAAGCUGCAUGACCUUGGUUAACAACAUGAGCAACACGAAGACCAACGUGGCUUCCUCUACAGAGGAAGCAAAUCAAGAUGGUCAACCUCAACCUGUAUUACCCAAAGAACAUCAGCAGGAUCGAGAACAAAUGGUUGUCGGGGAUUCGCACUCAUCUACUUUUGUGGGACCUUUCGCGCGAUUAAAAGGGAGCAUUCAGAGGAGCCUGGAGUCUCAGGGGUUGACGCCAGAUGACGUUGCUAAAAUUGGAGGCUUAUUUCUCGCGGCAAAGUAUUGAUGUGCAUUCAUUUUCUACUAGCUUCGUUUCUUUUCUAAUACCGAGUUCGUUUAUUGUGACUUGAGAUGCAAAUAAAAGAAGUAGAGCAGUAACAAGAACGUGCAGUGUAGACGUAGAUGGGCCUGUUUGAUCUGAUAGUCGAGAAGUCAAUACACGUGUACUUUUUGGAGAAUUAUAGGCUCGUCUGGCUACUCAACCUAAAGAACGUAACUAGCGGCCAUCAAAAAAGAGAAAAGAAACUAGAAGAUGUUAUGGGUGUACGGAAUUCAUCUCCAAAGUCAUCUGGAAGAAAACGACAAGAGGAAAAAGGGACCCAGGCGAUCCCUGAGAUGAAUUCCCUAUACCUCUAAAGAGGUUGGCGUUGGCGUGAGUAGAGAAGUAUACAACUGUGACAGCAUUAAUGACCUCUAUAUGGAAAACAAAAAGAUACGCAACAUAUGGGGGCUUUGUUUUGCUUGGUGUGCGGUAUCGCCCUAUGCUAACGUGGAUUCAGAGACAACGACAAGCGGAAUGGGCUCAACGAAGUGACUUUUAAGAUAAAGAUGUUGUAGAUGGAGAUCAUGUCGUUCACGAAAGAACUGGCAAGAAUCAAUCUUCUAACUGUAGUCUGAAUAAUUACCAUCACCAUGUUGAUCAUGCUACGUUCGAAUUCGAUCAGUUAUUUUACUUUUAAACUAAAUCUAGUUCUUCUAAUCUUCUCUCCGCAAUCGAACUCGAUGGUUGAGGAAACAGCAGAACAUGUUCCAGUCCUCUCAGGCGAUAGCGGAUGCCACUGAGCAGCUUAGGCGAGCGCGAACCAGAAUAAGACAACGAAGGGAUCACAUACGUGGUGAAAUAUCAAGAAGAGCAGAGCUUGAACGGACGAGCAAAGCUGGGAGUUCGACCUCAUCAUCCUCUAAGAACUUGUCAUCUGGAGGUUCGUCAUCGAGCAAGACGUCUAGUACAUCAGCUAAUGGCCCCAACGGGUCCUCGUCUUCAUCAAGUAGUGGUAGUUAAGGGUGAUGCAGUAGCGCUUUUCAUAAUUAGUUUUACAAUGAAGAUUUUUUUCAUGAUAAUAUGCGCGUCGGUCUUUCGUCCUGCCCCUGCCUCGGGGUGAGGAGUCAUGUUGUGAGUAAAUACAAGAGAUUCACGGUGUUGAGGACGAGAAAGCAAAGAGCUCAAACUUACGACCUGUGGAUGUGCUACCGAGACCACAAUGAGUGAUCCAUCUUCUAAUGUGACAACAACCCAUCUACGUCGUCGUCAUCAAACACGAGAACUUACUGGCAGCGAAAAUUAACGACAAGGUUACAAAGCGGGAUGAACGACUUGCCGAAGGGAAACCCGUACUCACGACUUGCAUGGGCAAUGGAUCGCUAUAGUGAGCUUGCGGAAAGGCUAUCAAAGCAAGCGGAGUCGUCAAGUUAAGGCUAGUAGCAGAUGUACUAGGCGAGUAGUUGAUGAAACUACUAUUCUUCACGGAGAUGGAAGUUGUACAAGUUGUUGUAGCUCUAGUAAGUUAACAAGGUCAGGGUCAGCGUCAGUAGAGUACUUAGUUGUGUAAGUGUGAAUAAGUGUUCUUGUUCCACGAGCAAGAACUUACUUACAUCAUAGAUACAAGUAACACAGAAGCUCAUAAAGGUGAACGUAGGAGAUAACCCUAAUAUAGGAUAGUGCAAAUGGUUGCGAAAUGGGUGAACAACAAUCCCAGAACGCUGGCUUUGGGCGUCGCAGAGGGGACACUGCUGUACUUAAGGCGACAAGAAAUCCGUUAUCUUCACAGGCAUCCAUGUUGGUCCUCCCGUUUCUCAAGGGAAAACGGGAGCGCGGAUGCUCACCAAGAUGGAUUUCUGGGAUUUCUGUUAGUUCUAAUGUACAAAUUCACCUUUCCGAUCACGGCUCCCAUCGAAUUCUUUCUGAUCUGCAAGGCAUACCUCGCUUUUGGGAAAAAGAAUAAUCAAAACCAACGGCCUAUUAUAGAAGAUGGGUGAUAGUUCUAUUACAAAGCGGAGACGAUGUGAUGAUAGAAAAGCAAGAGAUGAAAGACGAUGUGGCCUCACACUUACUAGAACCUUGAUCUGUUGCGGGUACUCAAUCUAAAAAAAAAACAAACAAACCUAACCUAACCUGAUGUGCCCCUGUCAACGUGAUUGGUUUUGGUAACAUUGUAUUGAUGUAGAAGACUGCAGCUGCAAAAUCAAGGACAAGUAGUCGAAGACGAACUCUGUUGAUGAGCACACGACUUUGUCCCAAAUGAUUUCUAUUUUCCCUCAGGAGACACCCCCAUCUUAAGAUGCAAACUCAAACUCGUCCAAAGUCUCUGCAGAAGUGAUACUCUCAACUAGAUCCUAGUGGGGACUCUCUCCCUCAACCACCCAAUUGUGCAUCGACAAAAGGAAGAAGCACACGGAGCACAUUUCCAAGUAGUAAAAGUAAUAGCGUUGUUGCUUUUUUUUCCUUUCGACUGUGUGUCUUGAACUAUUUUUUCAAAAUCAAAAUGUUAUAAAUUCUUUCAUCAGUGUAGAUUUGAAUUUGAAUUAAUUCUGUUUAAAAUCAAAAUUUUGCUGAUAAUUUGAAAUUCUUGAGAAUUCAAAAUGAUGGCUGAUAUGACUUUACGACUGCAUUUUAAUGUUUUUAUGAAACAUUCAAAUCGAAAAUUUGAAUUUUGAAUUUCAACGACAUAUUAAAAAUUUUGAUUUUAUCUUGUUUUAAUCAAAUUCAUUGUUUUCAUGCAUUUUAUGGUAGAGAAAAAAAUUCGACAAGAAAGUGUCUCUGUACACAUAUCACUCGAAACUUUCAGAUUAACUUUCUCUCCGAGUUAGAUCCUGCUCGUUUGGAAAGAAAUUUGAGAAGUUUCUGAUUUUUUUGUUUUUCCUGAACGGAGACUUGGUAUAUUGGGCGUGGUUGUUGUCCUCUAUUCAACAACCUGCUUAUUUUAUUUACGAUAAUUUUCCUAUGACAUGUCGAUCGUGACGAUUCGUCGGUAAUCUUAGAACAGCGCCACCACGCAUCAACUCGUUUUUUAUUGCUUCGAGCAUCAGCAUUAGGUAGACUUUUGCUCUCACUGCUGCUUUGUCUAUGUCUUCACAUCGCUGGGCAGCUAAAGCAAGAACUUUCACAGAAUCUUCCAGAGAAGACACUGCGUACCUAAUAUGAUACCUUCCCACGCCGACCAUUGUGACUCUCUACCUUGUUGUCAAGAAUCCAUGGUCCUAUAUUUCGAC